AUGGACGAAUCCGCCCGUGUACGCACUCGAAGUGCUCCUCCUGUACCUGUAACUAGCUGUAGCACUGUACCUGUUGACGAAUCGAUGAUGACUGCUGAAGCAAAGAACUCGGAUUCACACGAUUACUGUCCUGACGAAGCAGAGUCCUUGCCUCCUAAGGGCAAAGCUAAAAAUGUGACCGCUAAAAAGCGUGUCCCAGAAGCCAAGAAGAAUGCAUUGACGGAAACGAAGCACUUGUCAGAAGGCAGUCGAGAUGCUCAUGCUCGUGCGACUUCUGCGGCAGUGUCGGAUAAAGGUGCAUCAGUACUGGAUCAGUUACUUCCUUUGGACAAUUCGAAAAUGAAAACCCCUCCAUCGGCAUCAGAUGUUUCGAUUCUUGACAAACUACUUCCCGACAGUGAUGGCAAGAGCGGCACGUCACCCUCAAAUAUUGCCGGUAUGAGCUUUUGUGAUUAUAAAUUUUCGCGUCUAACCAAA